AUGGAAGAUCCUGAAACCAACGUCUCUGAUUCAACAGCGGAGAAUAUUGAAGAGUUAGAUCAUGAUACUUAUACUUGUGAAAAUCAAAAAAAAAGGGGCAGACCAAGAAAUAUACUUUGGAAUAAUCACUUUAAUGAAAUUAAUAAUAAGGGUGAUGGUCAUAGAGGUUGGAAAUGUUUAUAUUGUAACGAACAAAAUCCACAUGCAUCUGAUAUAAAUAUGAAUACGCAUUUGGCGUUAAAUUGUAAAAAAGUUCCACUUAAUAUUAAGCAAGAACUUUUACGAAAAUUUCCUGUACCAAAUCAAAAAAGAAAAACAGAAAGAGAUAUUAUUACUGGUGUACAACCACGAAUCGAUAGUAAAUUUCAAGCCAUAAAUAAAAUAGAUUCUGGACAAGAAGAAUUGUGUCACAAAUCAUUAACUCGUCUUUUUGUAUGUUGUGGAAUUCCUUUUUGGAUUGUCAAGCAUCCAUUUUUUUUAGAUUUUUGUAAAAAUUUAUGUAUUUCAUACAAACCACCUGAUCGAAAAACUUUAAGCAAUGAUUGGCUUAAUUCUGAAACAGCACGGAUUACAGUCGCUAUGGAAAAAGAGCUUCAAAAUGAAAAUAAUCUUACAUUAGGUAAUCAAUGUCAAUCUUUUGUAACUUUUUUUUAUGCAUCGCAUCGAUCUGGAGCAAUUUUGCGUAAUGAAAUAACCCGUUUUAUGAUUAAUAAGGGUGGAUUGAAAAAUUCUGUGUGUUUACGCUGGUCAUCUGCAUAUGAUUGUGUGCAAUCAGUUCUGAAUCUAGAAGAUGAUAAUCUUGCUUUAACGUUAGAUUUAAGAAAUCUUGUACAAAAUCGACAAUUUUGGGCAGAUGCGGAAAUUUUAGCAAAAAUAUUAUUACUAGCUAAAAAUGCCGUCAAAAUGGUUAAAUCAAAAUCUACAACAACUGCCGACGUUUUUUUAUUCCUUAUUCAAAUGGCAACUGCUAUUAAUACGCUUGAAAAAAAUAGUUUACCAGAGCAUGUAGAAUUUCGUAAACAAUGCAUUAAAUUUUAUAACAAGCGAUGGAAAGAAUUUGACAUAAAGAUCUACCUUUUAGCAUACUUUCUUCAUCCAAAAUAUCACGGAAAAGGUAUGAAAACUUCGGUAUUUCAUCAAAUUAUGUAUACUGCUCUUGAAGUAUGGAAAAAAAUCGGAAAAGGAGGAGUAGCAAGUGCAAAUAUAUUAGUAGCGCAAAUUAAAAAAUAUGAUGCAUGUGAACCACCAUAUAAUUUUGGUUUUGUAGAAGAAAUUGAGUCACCACAAACCUGGUGGAAUGGAUGCAAAUUAGACAACCAUUAUUUGCAAAAACUUGCUUUAUAUUUACUAGCGAUUACACCGCAUAGUGCUAAUUAUGUUUCUGAUGAAGACGAUUUAGAAGAAAUUUUACAACUUGAUUGUGAAAACUUGGAUGCUAAUGAAAUAAUAGAUUUUAAUACCUUCACAGAAAAACAAGCAAAUGAAACAAAUUACAAUAACGAUAUAGAAGCUGAGGGUGAACUUGAUUAUGAUAUUAACGAA